UAUAUUUUCCAGACUUGAGUUGAGUCUGUUUAGUUAAUAUGUAGUUGACGAAUGGUUUAAAAUUAGCGAGAUUUCUGAUCAUUUUUUUUAUUUCAAACGAGCGUAAUCGCCGUUGUGGGAUCAUGGGUCGAGUUAUCCGUGCACAGCGUAAGGGAGCUGGCUCAGUUUUCCGAGCCCACACCAAGAAAAGGAAAGGAGCACCCAAACUUCGUUCCCUGGACUACAGUGAAAGAAAUGGCUACAUCAAAGGAGUAGUCAAAGAUAUCAUUCACGAUCCUGGUCGUGGAGCUCCUCUGGCCGUUGUGCAUUUCAGAGAUCCGUACAAAUUCAAAACCAGAAAGGAACUGUUCAUUGCCCCUGAAGGACUUUACACCGGGCAAUUUAUAUAUUGCGGCAAAAAAGCAAACCUUACCAUUGGCAAUGUUAUGCCUGUGGGAACUAUGCCCGAGGGUACAAUCAUCUGCAAUGUUGAAGAAAAGACUGGCGACAGAGGCCGAUUGGCUAGAGCUUCUGGUCUAUAUGCCACCGUUAUUUCUCACAAUCCAGACACAAAGAGAACUAGGGUAAAGCUCCCGUCUGGUGCCAAGAAAGUUAUUCCAUCUGCAAAUCGUGGAAUGGUUGGAAUCGUUGCUGGUGGUGGACGUAUUGACAAGCCUAUACUGAAAGCUGGUCGUGCAUACCACAAAUACAAAGUCAAGAGAAACUGCUGGCCAAAGGUUCGUGGUGUUGCUAUGAACCCUGUUGAGCAUCCUCAUGGUGGUGGUAACCAUCAGCAUAUUGGUCAUGCUUCCACAGUCAAGCGUGGAACAAGUGCUGGUCGCAAGAUUGGUUUGAUUGCUGCUAGAAGAACUGGUAGAAUCAGAGGUGGAAAGACUGAAACUAAAAAAGAUGAUUAAGUUAAUUGUGUGUUAAUUGCAAUAUCAAUUGCAUCUAUUUUUUAUGAAAUCAUUUUUGUACAAGAAGUAGUUCGAAUAAAUGAAACAUUUAUCGAAA